AUCUGACAUCGCGUACGCCGAAGCAAAUGAGAAAGUCAAAAAGUGCCAUCAGCAUCACCAUGCGAACAACAAGCCAGAUCCGUGCGGAUCCUUGAUCGUGACUGCCCAGCGGUGAUUGUGCUUGGCGAAUAUGGACUAUCAGCGGCCAGUGAACCCGAACAGCUUCUCGUCUCGGCUGGUCUCCCGGCUCGGAAGGAGCUUCAGAAAAGAUGAGAGCUACAGUGAGACCAAGGACGCAGUCGAGAAGCGCCGAAAGAAAGAAGGCAAGAAACUUCGAAAACGAGGCGCUGGCCCAACUGUUGCUCCCGCAGACGAUGUCAAUGAACUCGGCGAGCGCGAAUAUGCAGUCUUCAGCGACCAGCCCGCCACCAUGGCCGGCACUCGAACGAGACCCCGUGCAGAGAAAGAACGCGAUCAUGGAGACAUGCUGCAUGGACUAGCUACCAACGACUCCUUCGACUCGUUACUGGAUCAAUCCAAGGAGCAGAGAGAUCCUCGCGAUAUCAGGCGACGCAGACGCCAAGGCAUGCUCGUUUCGCCCGAACAUGAGCAACGCAUAGCUUCUCUGCCAGAUGAGCUGUGGAAACGAAUCGCACUGGAAUUGACUCCCAUCGAAGCUGUACUCUUAGCCAUGUCAAGCAAGACCUUAUACCACAAACUUGGCCCGAUGACCUUGCAAGCUUUGAAUAGUCCCGGAAACAGAGACUUCAAGCACGCUUUCUUGUACAGCAUGGAUCAAAGAUACCCCGACCAGCUAAUCUGCUUCCCAUGUGGCAAAUUCCACAAACGCCUCCAACCAGGCAAAGAAAUGCUCAAGAUUGACUACGUCGCGAACCCGGUCUUCAUGUGCCCUGCAGUAAAGUCAUCAAUCCUACCACGAAUGCGUCUGACCCACGGUCGUCAAUUACCUUACUCCUUCGUGCAACUCGCAACACGCGCAGCAAAAUACGGCCCCAAUUACGGCAUCAACCAUGAAAACCUUGCUCGACGUUGGAAAUGCAAAGAUAGUGGCUGGACACAUCGAACACGCUACAUGAUCCACGAACAACGCUUGCUCGUCCGCGUCGUCUCGCAAGUCUUCUCUCCUCCGGCCAAAUCACUCACCGAGACGGCCGAGCGCCAUAUUCUCUACGACCGCGAAGAGUAUACGCCUUUCUUCUCUGUCUGCGCGCACUGGCGUGAUGGCGACUUGACGAAAAUCUGCAAAUGCAUGAUGUCUCAUGUACCAUCACCUCCUGAUCCAAUCCACAAACAACUUCAACGGGGAUUCAAAGUCGAUCGCUCAGCUGCUCGGCCAGACUUCAUCGUGCGUGGUUGCGAUGAGUGUCGACCUGCAAGACGAUGUCCUGAGUGUCCGACCGAGUACCUGGUUGAGGUGCAGAUGCUGGAAGACCCCAGUGACAAAGUGUUCCCGUUCAAACAUGCUCUUGUGGUCACGCGCUGGAGUGAUUUGGGAGAUGGAAGUAGUCCGUAUAAUUCUCCCGAGUGGGCAGCAAUCAAUGGGAGCGAUGCAGGAGGAUAUAAUAGCUUUUCGAAUGUUGGAAGAAGAGCUGUGGGUGGAGUUUUCGAAUCUGCAAUCAACGGCCACAUACCAGGUCAACGUCUACUGAGCUUGAACCCGAAGAACAAAAAGCUCGGAGAAGAAGGGCAUGGGUGGUACUGAGUGAAGUAUGCUAGCGCAGGAACGUAGUAGGAAGGAAUUUAUGCAGCUCUGACAUCCAGAAAUCAUCAGGAGCUCGAAAUAUGACUAGGAUAUGCAUACCGUACUCAGGCCGACGUGGCCUGAAAAGUCUAGAAAUUCUAUUCUGCUAGCACCAUCCGCAGCAUGGAUAA